UGCAGUGGUGCGUUCCACCCGAAGCCGGAAGCGGCCGCACAUGGGCGCGGGGAGUGCGAGUGGUGCGGGUUCAGCCGCUGCUGCCGGGGCUGUGGGUGCUGCUGUUGCGGCCGUGUAUGCGGGCACGCUGCCGCCCGGCCUGCCCGGCGGGGACGCGGGGGAGCUGAUCACAGCCGCAUAUGAGCUUGGAGUCGCCCACCCGCCUGGCUACCCACUGUUCACGCUGCUGGCUGGGCUGGCCAUGAGGCUGCUGCCCGGCGGGGCCGCCGCGGGCCGUGUCAACCUGCUGGGUGCCGUGCUGGGAGCCGUGGCAGCCGCGCUGCUCUUCUACACCGUGCUCAGGCUUUCUGGCUCAUAUGCUGGAGGAAUCCUUGCUGCGGGGGUGUUUUCAUUUUCUCGUCUAACAUGGCAGUGGUCCAUCGCGGCGGAGGUUUUUAGCUUAAACAAUCUGUUUGUGGGGCUGCUUAUGGCUCUUACCGUGCAUUUUGAGGAGGCAUCCACUGCAAAAGAGAGAUCAAAGAUCGCCAAACUUGGUGCCUUUUGCUGCGGCCUCAGUUUGUGCAAUCAGCACACGAUAGUGCUUUAUAUCGCUUGUAUUGUGCCUUGGGUUCUCUUCCUGCUCUUCAGAAAGACGGAAUUGUCCCUAGGCCAUUUGCUGAAGUUGGGUUUAUGCUUCUUGGCUGGUUUGCUGCCUUAUCUCUAUCUGCCGGCUUCGUCCUACCUCAGUCGAGCCCGUUGGACAUGGGGAGACCAGACGACUUUUCGAGGAUUUUUGACCCACUUUCUCAGGGAGGAAUAUGGGACAUUCAAUCUGGCCAAGUCCGAGACUGGAUCCAGUAUGAGAGAGAUGCUGGUCUUCCAGCUGGUGCAGAUGAGGUUGGAGCUCUCCCUUCCUGUCCUCGUCCUGGCACUCUUGGCCUGUUUCAGCACAGCACUGCCGAUAAAGCAGCAGAAAUCACCCGUGAUUUGUCUCUUCGCUGGAAUGCUCUGUGUUUAUUCACUCUUCUUCGCCUGGAGAGCAAAUUUGGAUGUUACAAAGCCUCUGUUUCUGGGAGUGGUGGAGCGGUUCUGGAUGCAGAGCAAUGCAGCUGUGGCUGUGCUGGCAGGACUGGGGCUGGCUGCUCUCGUGUCCCUCGGAGGUGCAGUGCUGCAGGGCAGCCGGGUGCUGCUAUGGCUGGAGUGGGUUUCUGCUGGGGCUCUCGUCGCUGCUCAAGUUUGGGCCAACUAUAGUGAUUGUGAUCAGAGCAACAACUACGUUGUUGAUAAGUUCGCAAGAAACCUACUGUUCUCUAUGCCAAUGGGGGCAGUGAUUUUGCUAAGAGGAGACUUACCUGGGAACGCUCUUCGUUACCUGCAUUAUGUUGAAGGAGUGAGGCCAGAUAUCACAUUAGUGGACCAAGAGAUGAUGACUUACGAAUGGUAUUUACCCAAGCUGGCAAAGCACUUACCUGGGGUUCAUUUUCCUGGGAACCGGUGGAACCCUGUGGAAGGAAUGUUACCCGAUGGGACACUUGCUUUUAAUCUCCACCGUUUCCUCAAAGCAAAUAAACAUAAAGAAGUGUUUGUCUGCAUAGGUCUUCAUGAAGGGGACUCGACCUGGAGAAGGAGUUACUCGCUUUGGCCAUGGGGUACCUGUGAAAAGUUGGUUCCUUCUGAUGCUGUCUUUGACCCAGGAGAGUGGAUUCGUCUGACAAGAAAUCUCUAUAACUGGACUGAAGAGUAUGGGAGUUUCAAGCCCUCUUCCUGGGAAGCCGUCGCCAAUGAGGAGAUGUGGCAAGCCAGGAUGAAAACAGCUUUCUUUAUAUUUGGCCUUGCAGAAACUGCCAGCGUGCCUGCAGAAAUGAAAUCACAGCUGUACACGUUGGCAUACACUUCGUACAAAGAAAUUGUCAGCUCUCAUCCAAAUCACCCGGUGAACUGGCACAAAAACUACGCGAUAGCCUGCGAGAGGAUGUUGCGUCUCCAUCGGGUGGGUGAGGAUCCCGAGGCGUUGCUCUCCGAAACCGUUAAACAUUUCCUCCUGUACACCCAGAAAGCAGAGGACGAUCCCCAGCGGCAGGAUAUUCUACAGGCUGUGAACCACCUCCAGAAGGAGCUGCAGGGGCUGAGGGAAAUGAAAGCUGAGCUGAAGUGGCAAGCUGGAUAGUGCCUGUUCCACUGUGCCCCUUCCGAAGCGCUGAGAUUUUUGAGGUCAAUAGCUUUGACUUGCUCAUGGACAAUGUGACAAUGUUGGUAAAAGGUGACUAAAAGAGCAGAGAGCUCAGCAGGAAUGUACUGGUGUUUGUUAUUUGAUUGCUGUGGCCAAGUGAACAGUUUGUGUGUGAAGAAAGCUCAUCACAAAAUAAAAUACUGUGUUUCAAGAAGAGUUUCCUACCAAAGGCA